UGAACGCACAGGCAGCUCAGCUUUUCAGACCUCGUUUUACAGCUGUUGUAUGAUAAAUUUCACUGGUUUUAAUUCUGCGAAACGUUGCAUAGGAUAAUAUUUGUUGUCAGUGCAUUGCGCGUAGCGUUUUGGCUUGCUCUCGCUUCCUGUGUGUUCCCGUUCUCCGCUUGCAGGUGGCACUGUGACGGGCAGUGCUCCGGUAAUUCGGCACCACAGAGGAAAAGCGGGGUUUUUUUUUUUCUUUUCUUUUCUUUUCUUUUUUUUUUUUGUCCUGGAGGAAAACAUCACUCAGACAGACAGCUGUUGUCUGAGUGGCUGCAGAUUGAGCUCGUGGAUGAAGAGAUCUGCCAGCGGACCGAAGAAUUCGAGCAGGUCACCAUGGAAACCUAAUGUUAGCAACGUUAAAGCUGGACGGCUGUUUAAAGUCUUACCUGCCAUUAAACAGCGCUGAAAGACGGAAACACGAAGAGUUUGCCGUGAUGGAGUUUCCUCAGCAUUCCCAGCAGCUGCUGUCCGCCCUGCGGUCUCAGCGCCAGCGGGGCUUCCUCUGUGACUGCACCGUCCUGGUGGGCUCAUCCCGUUUCCUGGCUCACCGGGCUGUUUUGGCCUCCUGCUCGCCAUUCUUCCAUAUGUUCUACUCAGACUCUCCAGGAGGAAACAGCACCAGCAGCUCUGUCACGCUCGACAGUGACAUUGUCACAUCAGCUGCAUUUGGCUUGCUCUUGGACUUUGUCUAUGAAGGAGUGCUGCAGCUUGAAGAGUCACCUCCAGUGGAGGACGUAUUGGCAGCUGCAAGCUUUCUACACAUGAAUGAGGUAGUAAGAGUUUGCAAGAGGCGGCUGCAGAGACGAGGGCCUCUGGCUGAGGCAGACAGCACACGCUCUGAAGAGAGUGCUGGUUCGAGGAAGGAAAUAGAGACACGGAGGAAGGAUGGGGGUGACCGUGGAGCAGAGCCCAUGGUGGCCAUGGCAUCAGAUCACUCAAAUCCAGUCACUAUAGCUGCACCACUGUUAUCAGCAUCCAUGGUGGCAGAGAGGAGCCAUGUGGAGACUGUGAAGUCUGAACAAAGGACUGGUGGGCAGUCAUCAGAGGCACGAGUUCAGACUCCUUUGAGCCCCGAUCUCGCCGAUACCACCCAGCCAGGCAUGGAUGGCCCUCCUCUGCCCCCAGGUGGAGAGCUGGUGCAAGGCUUCAUCACAGGCCAGUCUGCCCCUGCUCCUGGAGGUCACAUCAGGAUGGGGGCUGUGCAUCAGGGAGAAGGCACAGCACUCUGUAGUCCUUGUAGCACCACUGAGACAUGCAGCAGUAACCAGCAGCCUUCCUCCUCAUCUUCUUCUCUGGUCCCAGUGAGCCAGGCUGCUGGUCGCUCACUGGUUGCUCUUCCCCAGUCAGAAUCCAGUGCACAUCCUGAUGAACCGCAACUCCCACGCAAUGGCUCUUUAGUGGAACCCUCAGUCACUGAUGACAGAAGUACAUUAGGCAAAGGACAGCAGAUGGUUAUGUUGAUCCAAGCAUCAGCUCUGACCUCACAUUUACAAUUAAGCGCACCAAAGACGCUGUCCCGGCGUGCGCCUCCACAGAUCCGAAUUCAGAGUGCCAUAUCGCUUCAAACCCAGAGCUCAGAAUCCCUCGCUGCUGCUCCUCCUCCUCAGAGACAAAUGCUUAAAGGACCUGAGGGGGGCACUGGAGCUUCAUCUAAUACUAAAAAUCACCCUCUAAUGGGAACAGAUAGGAGAGGCAAUGAUGGAGAGAAUGUGAAAGUCAAAGUGGAGGCAAUUGUUAUAUCAGAUGAAGAGCUAGAGGAUGAGAAAGAGGAAAGCAAAGAGAGAGAACCCGUGAUGGAAGUUGAUGAUGACUUUGAAGAUGACAUCCAGGAAGAAGAUCUGAACAGCCCUCAGUUUCUCUCUUCUCACCCACAGGGCUUCUUACAAUUGACCUCCCAAACAAAUGAUUACUCCUUCCCCCUCUCUCCCUCCUCCUCCUCCUCUGGGGCUGGACCUUCCUCCCAGGAUGCUUCCUCUUUCACUGCAUCCCUCAUUCCUCCAUCCACAUCUCAGCAGCACUCCGACCCUGUUGCAUAUUUCCAGGAGCUCCAGGACUCUGUAGGAAACUUUGUAGAGGACGUACCAACGUGUGGUGUCUGUGGAAAAACUUUCUCGUGCACCUACACCCUGAGACGCCAUGCCAUUGUGCACACACGGGAGCGGCCGUAUGAGUGUCGCUACUGCUACCGAAGCUACACACAAUCGGGCGAUCUGUACCGACACAUUCGCAAAGCGCAUGACCACACACUGCCAGCCAAACGCAGCAAAGUAGACACAGAGUCCUCUCUGCCAGCGCAGCCACCACCACCACCUCCACCUCUUAGCUAACACAGACACCUUUCAAUUCCACAACAAAAUGUACAGUAUGUACAUUUUCUCAAAGACUCCAUACUGUUCGGUAUGUAAUCUGGACCAACCACCUUUCCUCUCUUUAUUCUCUUCAUAGCUGCCUUCACUUUCUCCUUACUAAUCCUCUGCAUUUCCUGAUUCACUAUCUUUUGUCUGUCCUCUUCUCUGAUUUUUUUUAAUUCAUCAGCUCCUUAAAGUACUCCUUCCAUCUGCUCACCACACGUUUCAUUCAUCAGUAUGUUUCCAUCUCUCUUUGUCCUUAAUCACUCUAAAGCUGAGUUUAUGAUCCAACAGAGAGAGCAUGUUUGCUGUCCGCUGGCAGUUUUGGGGUUGCCCGUAUACCUGCAGAGAGCUCCGUUGUCAUAUGGAGGCAGUGUACAAAGUAUGUGGUGCAACCGGUCUGUGAGCCACUUUUGCUUGUGCUGUUGUUGAUCCAUCAGCAUACAUACAGCAUAUAUGACAUACAAAAGAGCUGAAGUGAAGCAGAGUGUUAAAACAGUAAAACGUUGUCAACUGCAGCCACUGCCUGUUCUGUAUUUUUCACCCCGAAUGGAAAGAUGUACGCUGACAAACACAUUUUUGGGACCAUAAAUUACGCUUAGCCUGCUGCACAUAUUUCGUUACAUACGUUCGUGAAAAUUGAAACCACCAUUUUUUAAACCCAGCAGCAGCAGGGGAAAUGGCUACAAAAAUAACUCUGUGGUCCCCAAGUCUGACGAAAGGCCACAGACCGAGCAGCAGGUAUAUUCUUGCCUCAACGGCCACCUUUUUUUGUAGUGUUCAUGUCACAUAUUAAUAAAGUUGCAGGGUUUUCUGACGCAUUGCUGUGAUGACAACCACGCAGGUUAGGUAGUACUGAUUUGUAAUAGAGAACCAGUCGAUCUGAGUUGACUCCCGUGGCAAAUCAAUCCGAGUAGGUACUAAUGGAAAAGGGGGAUCUAGAAGAGGGAGGAAAAAUCGAUCAGUAACAUUUGCAAUGUGGCGUUAUAUUUCUGGAGUAAAUAUAACGCAACAUUGCAAAUGUUACACACAAAAAAAAAAAAUCGUGGCUGGUUAAAUGUUUGAGUGGCUGAGAGAAAAUUUCCCACCCCUGCCACUGACUGACUUUUAUAUCUCUCACUUUAAAAACGCUCCACAGAUACCCCAACUUUCCUUUCUGGAAAUUUGAUCCCAAUCUUACCCACACAUAUUGGUACUUCUUUUAUUCACAAAUCUAAUCUGUUUAAUGUUCACUGUUGUCUACUGGAGCCCUGGAACAGAUUUGAUAGCUGUACUAUUGUGUACUCUUUGUAAUAUUAAGUGACACCUCGCACCCAAGUUUGUAAUUUUAAAUACCUUCAUCAUUGUGUGAAUGUGUGUGUGUGAAUG